UACAUGGAAUUGUUUCUGUAAAUUCUUUUAUCUCCAUUUGAAACCCUGAGGUCACACAGGAAUGUCCAUUUUGUUCACAGAGAGAGACUGUUUUUCAUGCUUUUAUACAUUGCUCCAGGUUGCAGCCAUUGUUUGUGUUUUAAAAAAAACAACUUGAGGUCAUUUUAUGUGGAUUUUACUUUUCAGAUUUUUAUCUUUGGUUUUAAGUACGUUAGAAGAAACAGGUUCAAGUGAUCAAUUUUAUCUUUGGCCAGGCAAAAAUGGCAACAUACCUGAGCAGGAAAAACAAAGUUGCACAAAACACAGACUGUGAUGCCAUAAAAGUUCUUUCCAGACUGAUAAAAUCAUGAAUUCUGAUUGAUUUUAACUUUUACAGAAGUAUGGGGGACUUAGAGAUGUUCAAGGCAGUGUGGUGUUGUGAGGAGGCUCUGUGUUCUGUAGUGGAGGGAGAACUUUGUUUUACACCAGCAUUAGGCUGAUAAUGUUCAUAACAACUGUUCGUUGUUGCUUUUAUUUAUUUAUUUAUUUAAUUUAUUUAUGGGGGUUUUUUUUUUUAAUGCUCCUUUAAAUAUUUAUUUAUUUAUAUACUGAGUCACCUUGACUUUAAUAUGUAUAGUGUGACUUUUGUUAAAUGAAAGAUUUUUCUCUGUCUGUCUGUUUCUCUCUCUCUCUCUCUCUCUCUCUCUCUCUCUCUCUCUCUGUGUGUGUGUGUGUGUGUGUGUGUGUGUAUUAGAGGACCGGUGAAUCCUGCACACUGCUGAAACUCCAGCAGGUUGCGUCUCCAUCGCCUCUUUGACAAGAGAACAACAUCUGCACAUCAUCUGGAAAAAAAGAGUACAAAAAAAGGCACGAGCGCUGUGUGAAGCUGUGGAUUACAGUGCGUCUGUCUUGGCACUUUGGACUCGAAAACACUCAAAGUCUCUCAUCAGACCCCGAGACAAGAGCUCAGGCAGUGGAUUUGGGAGAAUGACUCUCUCACAUCAGUACCGUGCUGUUUUGUUUCUGUCGCUGUUGGCUUUACAUAGCUGUAACGACGGGAUGCAGGGCUGCACAGACAAGCAGAGAGUGAUGAGUGUGCUUCGCCAGAUGGAGAAAUUCUUAAAGGGGCAGGAGAUCCGUUUUACAGAGGGUCUCAGAAUAAUGAAAUCCAAGCUUACCAGCCUUCAGAACUCUGUGUCCAAGUUUCCACAAGCAGACCAAUCUUCACCCUCAUCCACUUGUCCUGCUCUGGAAGCUCCAACUCAUGGGAAGAAGUUUGGCUCCAAGUACCUAGUUGGACAUGAAGUGCACUUCACAUGUUCUUCAGGUUAUCAUUUGGUGGGCUCAGGAACUCGCGUGUGCCAAGAGAAUGGCAGCUGGAGUGGAGUCAGUGCACUCUGUAAAGUAGCAGGUUCAAGUCAGUGUGCUAGUAACCCAUGUCUGAAUGGUGGCACCUGUACUGAGGGUGUCAACCAGUACAAGUGCACUUGUCCUCACAAGUGGAGUGGGAGCCGCUGUCAGCACCAGACUCAAACAGUGGUGCAGCGCCCCCCUGCAGCCAGCCACAGGCUGAAGCCUAAUCCCCUCUCACCUCCCCUCUCACGUUCAGCCCCUCUGGAGUGGAGCGUGGUGAAUGAUCCGGAAUUUAGCCGCAAACCCCGCUGCACUAAAGUGGACCAAGCUCAGCACUGCAGUUGUGAUGCAGGCUUCCAUAUGAGCGGCACCUCUCACAGUAGCAUCUGCCAGGAUGUGAACGAGUGCGAGGUGUACAAAACGGACAACGGAUUACUGUGUGCUCAUAUUUGCGUGAACAUUCCAGGCUCGUUCCGCUGCUCCUGCCCCAGUGGCUACAAGCUGCUUGCAGAUGGCAGGAGCUGUGAGGAUGUGGACGAGUGUCUUACACAACAGCAUAACUGCAGCCGUGGCACCACCUGUGUCAACACCGGAGGAGGUUUCCAGUGUGUAAAUCCAGAGUGCCCACACUUGCACGGAAAUAUCAGCUAUGUCAAGACGUCACCUCUUCAAUGUGAGAGGAACCCCUGCUCCAUGACAAGCCGUGCCUGUCACCUGGCCCCAAAGACAGUUUCCUAUCACUACCUGUCUCUGCCUUCAAACCUCCAAAUCCCAGCUACGUUGUUCCGCAUGGCCACAGCGACCGCUCCUGGCCGACCAGGACCCGACAGCCUGCGCUUCGGCAUUGUGGAGGGAGGACAUGCACGAGGCAUAUUUGUCAUGCAGCGCUCAGACCGCCAGACUGGUGAGCUGAUCCUUGUCCAGCAGCUGCUCGGGCCACAGGAGCUCAGCGUGGACGUGGAAAUGGCUGAGUACUUGGAUCGCAACUUCCAGGCUAAACACCUCGCUCGGGUCCAUGUUCUCAUCUCUCCAUAUAAGUUCUGACGAGGGAGAAGUUCCACAGGCGAGCUUUGCCCUUUCAGUUGAAACUGGAAUGAUGGUAGAAUAAGCUUUUUCUAAACUGAAACAUUAAGGGCAAAAAUGAUUAAUCUUUGUAAAUAUGAAAUAAAUUUUCUGUCACUUUACUUUCAACUGGCUUUAAAAACCAAGCAGUAAAACUUAAAAUAAUACCUAAAUACAAAAUCUCUGUCCUCAGUAUUCUUUUUCAGCUAUCUGUGUGUCGGAUUCUGUUAUUUUUACAUUUUUCAUAGUUUUUUUUCAGAAUAAUUUGGAACAUUGAUCAUGACUGUUGUUUUUAAUAACACAAAGUAACACAUAAAAAGACCAAUGUGAACCUACUUGAUUUAUUUAUGUACUGUAUAUAGGCCUGUCAGCAAAACAGCUCUUCUGUGAAUUAAACAGAGAACAAAAAUGUAUCCUGGAUGAACUUAUUCUUUUAUUUACUUUUUUUCCUCCCAAAUCCUGAGGAAGUGGUUAAGCGACUGGACAUGUAACAUGUAAUGUAUUCAUAACUACCUUUUUGUAUCUGUGCAUAAUAAGCCAGGUGUCUUUAAAUGAAAUUCUGUGUCUUUCACUGAUUUUCUUCAUGGAGGAUCGACAUUGGCCAUAAAAAUGAAAGAAUAUACAUCAGUGUGUCUUUUAAUGAUCUAUUUCGAGAAGUAUAGAAAAGGAAGGUUAACCAUCUUGCUGUCUCACUCGCCCAUUCUCUAGAAUUAUGAGUAGAUUAAAGGGACCACACAUUUCCAGAAGCACGUUUGGACCAAGUGCCUUGGCCUCAUAAUGGCA